GUUCAACUUGUUUUCACCAUCAUCAUUUCAGGAUUUAGAAAACAAGCGACAACUCGACAAAUUUCCCGCUCCUGUAAUCUUGUUUCUUUCGUCAUAUCGUUCAGGGCAAAUAUAUUGUAAACAGAAUGACGAAAGACGAAGUGGUUGUACCCCCUGGCUUAAGGGAACUAUUACAAGAAUUGACUGUGUCUAUCCUACGUGAACGUCCAGUGGAUUUAAUUCAAUUCGCUAUUGAUUUCUUAACAAUGAAGAAGGCGGCUGCAGAAAAUCGUCCUAACAAAUCUUCAGCUGAUACUGAUGAGGAGGAUGAUGACGAGGCAGAGCCUAUGCCUAUUCCACCACAACGUGCAACACGAAGAGCUGGUGUAGCUGCAGAAAGUUAUGAUCCAGAGAAAGAUGAUAGUGCCAGCACAGUGAAAGUUGUCCAUCCAAAAACAGAAGAACAACGUCAUCGAUUAACACAAGCUACUAAGGAUAUUUUAUUAUUUCGAUGUCUUGACGAUGAUCAAAUGAAGGAUGUCAUUGAUGCUAUGUUUGAAAGACAUGUAUCCCCCGGAGAGAAAGUUAUUACACUUGGUGAAGAUGGGGAUAACUUUUAUGUCAUUGAAAAAGGAGUUUAUGAUAUCAUUGUCAAGGUUGGUAAUGAAGAGAAAACUGUUGGAAAAUAUGAAAAUAAAGGAUCAUUCGGUGAAUUGGCGCUGAUGUAUAAUACACCACGUGCUGCUACAAUAUUAGCUAAAACUGAAGGUGUUGUCUGGGCAAUGACUCGUGAAGUAUUUCGUUCUAUUGUAUUAAAAAAAGCCUUUGAAAAACGUCGUCUCUAUGAGGAACUCCUUAAUCAAGUACCAAUUUUAGAAAGUCUUAGUGCCUAUGAAAGAAUGAGUAUUGCUGAUGCUUUAAGAACUAAAAUUUUUGAAGCUGGUGAACAAGUUAUCAAACAAGGUGAUCCUGGAGAUGAAAUGUUCUUUGUUGAAGAGGGUAAAGUACGUAUUAAAAUGAAAAGAACAGGAGAAACUGAAGAGAAGGAAGUGGCUGUCAUUGAAAAGGGUGGUUAUUUCGGUGAACUUGCCCUGUUGACAAGUCAUCCACGUGCUGCUUCUGCAUAUGCUGACUGUCGUACUAAACUAGCUGUUCUAGAUGUUGGAAGUUUUGAACGCUUACUUGGACCGUGUUUAGAUAUACUCAGAAGGAAUAUUGAUGAUUAUGAAGCGAAAUUAAAGAAUAUCUUCGGCAGUUUGGAUAAAGUACCAGAAUUGAGACGUUAACUGUCAUGCUCUCUAUCUAUCUGUCUGUCUCUCUCUGUCUUCGUCAUUAUUUUUAAUUUUUUGAACAAUAUGUUCCUCUAAUGUCUACAUAAAAAUUUCAGCACAAUGUUUAUCAUCAAAUGGGAUAUUUUACAGUGUGGGGAGGGGAGAGCCACUAGGAUACAGCAUAGUAUGAGUGAGUACAUUAUCUCUCUUUUAUUCUGUCUUAUAUCUUUUAUGUACAUAUUUUUGAUGGUGUCCAACGUAUUAUUCAAUCAAUAAUCGUUACGUAAUUCACUGGCUUAUUUGACUCACAUUGAUGUUUCUCUCCGCAUUAACUUUCAUAUGGAUAACUAACUCCCAGGCCAUCCCCCACCUACCGUAAUUUAUUUUAAUUAUCACUAUUAUAGUUACGAUUGUCAUUGAUAUUAUUACUAAUACUAUUGUAGUCUUUAUUUUGAUCGAUUUUUCCAACUAAACAUUUUAAGACAGGCGACAAUUUACAAAGACAAAUUGAAUCUCUCCAACCUUAGAUGCUAAUGUGAUAUAGCUAUAUCUAUAUGACUAUGCGUUAGAUAUAUGUUAUUCCGUUGAGAGAGACAGGAUAGAUCUUGUGUUAUUUUUUUGUGUGUGCUUCUUUGUUCUUAUCUCACCACAGUUGUACUCAUCAUCCGUGUUGAAAAUCUUUUCUGUAUGUGUGUGUGUGUGCGUUAUUGAUUUUACAUUUUUGGUCAUUUUAUUCAUGCUCUUUGUGAAUACAUUUAUACGGAGGAGGAGGGGAAUGCAAACGCCUCUCCUACUCGUCUGCAUCGUCAUCAACACCAUCAUCAUCCUCAAGAUGAUCUCAAUCGAACAGUUUUCUAUACUCUACAGCGCGUUUCACACUGCUGUUCUCUCAGUUAGUUUCUCAUGUGCACGCACACACAUACACACAUAUAUACAAGUUUUCAUUUCUUAACAAUUAUGUCAUCAAACUUUUUUUUCCAUGUAUGUAUGUUUGUAUGUACGUAUUUAUGUGUGAUGUAGCUGAAUUUAUGCUCUGUACGGCUGAUUGUAUCAUUUUGACUCUGGAUCGAUCGAUAUUGUCCUUUUCAUUAUUACGCUCAUUUUUCUAUGCUCAUUGACCUUUAAUGUGUUGCUGUCACUGAAAUUAUGAUGACUUACAUAAAAACGGUACACGGAUGAAACCCAAUAUUGGUUUGCUAUUAGCGCAUAAAUUACACGCAUACAUACAUCCACACAUACUACUUAUUGAUUAAUUGGUUGAUUGAUUGAUCGAUAUGUGAGUAGUUUGGGAGAUCAAUCAUGUUAAACAGCGACACAAAGAGAGCGAGAGAGGGAGAGGGAGAAACUACUUGCUUGUUACACGCGUAUAUAUUCUUGUAUGACUUCUCAUUUUUAUUUUGAGUAAAUUCCAUGGAGAAUAAAUUCUCUGCUUUACAUUUCAGCGUUUUUUUUCUGUUUUCUCAGUCAGUUCUUUGAGUACUAUUAUUAUUACUACUAUUAUUGAUUAUCUAUAUUAAUACACUUCGACUAUUACAGAUAAUAUAAUGAGGAAUACAUUUGUUU